AUGCGGUUAGAAAUCGAGAGCUCCCGAGAGCUAGACACGAGUGGAAUAAUUAGUAGGGGCUCGGGUGAUGUAGAGAACGAGAGUGGUGGGGUGUACAUAACUUGGGAGGACCUGGGGGUGACUGUAUCGAAUGGAAGAAAGGGGUCCAAACCCAUACUUCAAGGAUUAACAGGUUAUGCCCGACCGGGUGAGCUCUUGGCCAUAAUGGGUCCAUCAGGAUGCGGCAAAUCAACUCUUCUGGAUGCUUUGGAUAUCGAGAAAGGUCUGGGAUCAUACAUAUCCGCCGAUGAAGCUAUCAACACCCUAACAAGGUCUUGUUUGAAUAUGUACCGAGACAAGGGCUACUACUGGUUGCGCCUGGCUAUUUAUAUGACCCUAACUGCGGGUCUCGGUUCCCUAUUUUAUGACAUUGGAUCUACUUAUGGUUCGAUUCAGGCGAGAGGAGCACUAAUCAUGUUCGUAGCUUCAUUCCUCACUUUCAUGUCAAUCGGUGGAUUCCCAUCUUUUGUGGAGGACAUGAAUUUUUGGGAAAGAUUGAAUGGUCACUACGGAGCCAGUGCAUUCGUCGUGAGCAACACAUUUGCAUCCGCGCCAUAUCUAUUUUUGAUUUCGCUCAUUCCAGGAGUCAUCUCGUGCUACCUUCUAGGACUUCAAAAGGGACUCGACCACUACGUGUGCUACAUGUUAGUGCUGUUCGCGUGCAUGAUGCUCGUCGAGAGCCUAAUGAUGAUCGUGGCAAGCCUCGUCCCGAACUACUUGAUGGGUAUAAUCGUGGGAGCAGGAACUCAAGGACUGAUGAUAAUGGGCGAAGGCUUCUUCAGAUUGCCUGAUGACCUCCUAGGACCCUUCUGGAGGUAUCCACUAUACUACAUCUCCUUCCAUAGAUACGCAUACCAGGGCGUGUUCAAGAACGAGUUCGAUGGAUUGGUGAUCCCGAGCUAA